CGAGGCUUGCAAGGCGCUCCGAAGCUUCUACGAUGCCAUUGGCGCGAAAGACAAAUCGCCGUCCUUCGCGGACACGAGCUCGACCUGCUGCGCCUUUCUCGACGUGAGAUGCACGCAGCCGGAUGGCUCACCCAGCCCGCCCCUCGGCCAAAAAGAAGGGUGGAAAGCGGGCACCACCCUGACCAAGAUCAAAUUCCGAGGCGGCACCGAGCUUGGCGGUAGCGGCACGCUGCCCGGCGCCCUGCUGCUACCGCUCGCCGGCACGCUCGAGUACCUCGACUUGGGCAAGGAGGGGGAUCGCUCCUUCUCGGGCACGCUGCCCGCGGAGCUGACCCAGCUCACCGCGCUCCAAAAGCUGAGUCUCACCACCGAUAAGGUCAGCGGCACCAUUCCGCACCAGCUCGGCCGGCUUCCCGCGCUGGAGAAGGUGACGCUCCUCUCCAAGCGCCUCUCGGGGACGGUCCCGGGCGAGCUGUGCCACAGGUCGGACGGCUCGCUCAGGAAACUGUAUCUCGACGACAACGUGAAGCUCUCGGGCGCGCGCGGCGCCGGCGGGAGGAACGCUGCCGCCCGAGAAAUCUCCGCCAAGAAGACGCGCAUCUCUGGCACGCUGCCGAGCAAGAUCACCGCGCCGCUCAGGCUGCUCAUCCUCGAGGAGGUCGGCCUCUCGGGCAGCGUGCCGGAGGAGCUGUGCAAGGGCGAGAAGCUCGAGGAGCUG